CUCACUACACCUGCGUAUGUGCCGGUCUCAUCCGCGUAAUCGUAUUACUAGUAUGAAUUAAUUCAAUGUCGGAUCGUGGAGCCAUACAACUAAUAGUGCUCGCUUACCACAGGCCCAAGUCCCUUCUCAGCAACGGCUCCUUUUUUUAUUUGUCACAUCCUUAACCUUUUCUACUUACAGCCGAUAUGUAUUCUGCGGUUCGCACCCACGACUACGACUACUAUCCCGAAUCGGAAAUGGAUGAGCGCGAGAGCCUAUAUUUUGACACGAUAUCGCUGGCCGAAUCGGAGGCUGCCGCCGCGGCCGCACAUCGCAAAUCACUUUCACAAUCCCGCAACACCAUCUACCAUUCAGCCGUGGAUUUGGCCGCUGAUGAGGCUCGUCACAUGCGUCUCGCCUGGCAGCCGGGCUAUAGGCAAUCCACUGCCUUGGAGCAUCUCAAUGGCUUCACCGAUCAGACAGAUUCCGGACGGAUGUCGCUGCAAAAUGGGCGCACCAACCACGACUAUGGCAGCGGGAAUGGCAAUCGCAAUGGCAUUGGCAAUGAAAACGCGGACGAUGAGGUCUCUAGACGUCUUUUAAGACAAAGUAGCACAGUUUCUAACAAAAAUAAGAAAUUGCCAAUUACAUACUCCCAGUGGAAACUUAGGACGUACCGCUUCUUUGAGGAUAAGAAGCGGUCGGUCGACUUUGUGUUGGCCUACGACAGCAACAAUUGUGGCGGUAGCAAGCCCGUAGUUUACGAGGCGAACAUCAAGGGGGAUGGCCUACAAUUGGAGGAAGACCAGAAGCUUGAGUUGGGACGCAAGGCGAAGGAGGAGGAGAAACGCAAACGGAAGAUAUUCGAGGCGAAUAUGAAGCGGGAAGGACUGCAGUUGGAGCUCUGUGGGACGCAGUUCAUGCAAAAAUUCAUUAAGAUACAUGCGCCGGACCAUGUUCUCUAUCACUAUGCCGAAAUACUCAAAAUUAAGAUGCCAAUGAAGCCGAUACCGGGCCAAGAGCUGAUAUUUGAUGGCAAUUUUGAGUUCAAGACGCGCAUCACUCGCAUGUUCCGACGCCUCUUCAGCUCCGUGCAACUCAGCACGAAGGACUUUGAGGAGCGUGAGCCGCGAAUACAUAUGGAGUUCGCCCGCAAAUAUCUGCAUUUGUUCGAUAAAAACCACCGAAACUUUUUCGACGCCAGCACGCGCUAUGCAAUAAUUAACUUUAUAAUGCAGCGCCAGCAUUUUGUGGAGGGCGAGGAGACGCCGGACAACAUUGGGAUCGAGAAACUGCUCCAAGAUGGCGUCUAUUCUUGUGCGUAUACGCUACACGAAAAGAGCGAUCGAGAAAAAUUGUUAAAGGAGUGGGCCAACAUACGCAAGUGGCAUAAACUGCAGCCGCUGGACUAUAUCAAGGACUACUUUGGAGCUAAGGUCGCCUUAUACUUUGCCUGGCUCGGCUUCUAUACGCAAAUGCUCAUUCCGAUCAGCAUUUUCGGCAUAUUGUGCAUACUAUACGGGUUUCUGACCUGGAGCAGCGAUUCCAUUAGCCACGACAUAUGUGCGGACAAUGGCUCGACAAUUAUGUGCCCGCAGUGCGAUCGCAAUUGCAACUUUUGGAAGCUGAGCGAUACGUGCACGUCAUCGCGUUACAACUAUUUGAUUGACAAUAAUGUGACGGUUGUGUUCGCGCUUGUUCUGUCCGUCUGGGCAGUCAUCUAUUUGGAGUUUUGGAAGCGCUAUUCUGCAGGUCUGGUGCAUCGUUGGGGCCUUACCGGCUUCACCCAUCACGUGGAGCAUCCGCGACCCCAAUAUCUGGCAAAAAUUGCGAACUCGAAGCUCGCAAAAAAAGGCACGACGGAAGCCUCACUGGGCGCUCAAACAAGCAGCAACGGUCGAGUACCCUUGGACACCGAGGUGCCUUUCUGGAGCUAUAAAUUCCUGCCAAACUUCACCAGCUACAGCAUCAUGGUGCUCUUUAUUUGCAUAUCAGUGAUAGCUAUAUUUGCGGUUAUAAUUUAUCGCAUGGCGCAGAAUGCCUCGCACAGCAUAUUGGGGAACGAGAACUCGACGACCCACAAGAUAAUGGUGCUGCCCAUAACGGCAGGUAUAAUCGAUUUGGUUGUCAUCUCAGUGCUGGAUCUGGUCUAUUCGAAGCUGGCAAUUAGUCUAACCAACUACGAGUACUGCCGCACCCAAACGGAAUACGACGAAAGUCUGACCAUCAAGAAUUAUUUGUUCCAGUUUGUCAAUUACUACUCCUCGCUCUUCUACAUAGCCUUCCUCAAGGGCAAGUUUGUCGGUUAUCCUGCCAAAUACAAUCGCAUCCUCGGCUUCCGCCAGGAAGAGUGCAAUCCGGGCGGCUGUUUAAUGGAGCUCUGCAUGCAGCUGGUAAUCAUUAUGGUGGGCAAACAGGCAGUUAAUUCCAUUGUCGAGAUGCUCAUACCGUAUUUGAUACGCAAGUUCCACCGCUUGAACAACUACAAGAACAGUCAUAAAGAAAAGGUGGUUGUGUGCAGCCAAUGGACAGAGGAUUACAAUUUAAUACCCUUCUCGAAUAGUUCACUGUAUGAAGAGUAUUUGGAAAUGGUGAUGCAGUAUGGAUUUAUAACGCUGUUCAGUAUCGCCUUUCCGUUGGCUCCGCUGCUGGCUCUACUUAACAAUAUAAUCGAGGUGCGUCUGGAUGCCAUUAAGAUGUUGCGAUUUAUGCGAAGACCCGUAGGGAUGCGAGCUCACGACAUCGGCGUCUGGCACAAUAUCAUGUAUGUGGUGACACGUAUUGCUGUCGCCUCAAGCGCCAUGAUAAUUGCAUUUAGCUCCAACCUUAUACCGAAACUAGUUUAUAGUAUUACGAAGGAGGAAACACCCGAUCGCUAUUUAAACUUUACGCUCGCGUACUUCAACACCAGCGAUUUUGAGAUGCCACUCACGCUGAAUGCCACCCUAAACAUUACGCAGUGUCGUUACACCGAGUUCCGCAAUCCACCCGAGCACCAAAAUCCAUAUAAACGGCCCAUGAUUUACUGGAAAAUACUCACCGCUCGCUUGGCUUUUAUUGUAAUCUAUCAGAACAUCAUCGGCAUUCUGCAGGGAAUACUUCGAUGGGCUGUCCCAGACGUGCCGGGCAAGCUGCUGAAGCGCAUCAAACGUGAAAACUUUUUGCUGCGCGAACAUAUAAUUGAAUUCGAGAAGCAACAUGCCGCGCAACUCGCUAAAGAAAACGCUUUACACACACCGGAGCAAGAGUUACGACACCGCCAAGUCCCUGCGGAAGAUAGUAACGACCAGGCUACGACUUCUGUUUGAGAUUUCAUUGAACUUCGUGUUGAAUUUAAAUAUGUCUAUUUUUUUAACGUUGUGCCCCAUGAGUAGUUGAAUAUAUAUACGAUUAUAUGUAUAUAUACAUGAAAUGUCUCCCUCGAAUUAAUGAUUGCAGAAGAAUGAAAAGGCAUACCAUGUUUCGAAAUACAGUCGAAUUUGUAUUAAAAAGUAUUCUUAUAUUUGUUUAUUGUAAGACCUAUAUAAGACUUUUUAUAAGACUAACAUAUAUACUGCCCUGUGUGCUUUUUUUUAUAACAUCACAAUUGUUCAGUGUUCAAUUAAAGAUAAAUAUGUAAAUACUUGUAAAAUUUGACACCUAUCCGGCUGUUAAAGGGACAAUCAGUGCACCAUUUAUAUAUGUAUAAUUUAUAAUUAUCCACACGUUGAUUAUUAUCAAAAAGAGGGGAGGAAGGUUCAUUUAAUUAGUCAUAAUUUAAAAAUAAAAGUAUCUUUUCUUUUGCAUCCAUUAACAGUUGUUCUUAAAUUGUUUCCUUGCCGGACCUCAAUCGCUACAUACUCGUAUACUUAAGACAUAUAUACAUUGUUUGUUCUGUUAACCACUUUGAAAAUUAUUUAUAAUGUACCUGGUCAAAAUAAAAUCGAGCUAAAGUUUAGUUAUUGUUAAUGCAA